AAAUAAAAAAUAAAAAUGAAAAACAUGUGAAGAUAGAGUGAAAGAAGAAAAUAAUCAACGUUGUUUAUGAGAAUACUAUGUUGAUUAGGAACAAUUUGAACAAUCUUGAAUUAUUUAAUCGCAUGUUUUACAUCGAUAUCGUACCUGUGUUGUUGUCAUCCUCAUGUACAUCUUAAAAGGGGAUUAGAUAAAAAUAUAAGAAAAUUUGAAGAAACAAAUCAAGGUGGUAGAAAAGGGAGGAAUGGGCCCUUGGGCCUUUGGCGUCCCUAUCAUCCUUGGCUGCGCUUCAGGUCUUCUCAUUAACAUCUACGUCCUACUCGUAGUACUUGGUCUUGGUAAACAGACGCAGCAACAACAAACAGCAAACACGUUGUUAUUGAUUCAUCUUGGUGUAGUUGAAUCAGCCGUGUGUUUGAUAUUACUGAUCUUUACUACUACACCUUGGCCAGUUGCCGGUAGCAGUUGGUGCGUAUUUCACGGAUUUCUUUUAGCCCUUUUACAUCCCGUAGCAUUGUGGACAGUAACGGGAUUAAAUUGUGAUCGAUACUACGCCAUUGCUGCACCAUUGCAUUAUAGUGCAUUGGUAUCACCUAAACGAGUAAUUGUCGGUUUGGCAGCUUCCUGGACUGGUGCUAUUCUUUUAUGUUUACCACCAUUUUCCGGAUUGGUACCACCUUACAGGUACAGUCCAGGAUUAGGUUGUUGCGCACCAGAUUUUGGAAACGGAAGUUGGGGUUUCGCGGCUGUACUUUACGGUGCGAUUUACGCGAUUUUAGGUUUGGCAUUACCGGCAAUUCUCGUGACGGUAUGCAAUUUGCGAGUAUUAGGUAUAGCUCGUUAUCAUCGACAUCGUAUAGCUAGUGCAAUUUACGAAGUUACUUUAAGCGCCCAAGUGACCAUCACCCAUCAACGAAAUCCAUUUUUCGUGCCAACUGUCACAGCACCAUCGGCUGGUGGCCCUCCUCGUUUUCAUAGCGCUGCCAGCACGGUUAUGCAACUAGUUGGUUCAUUAUAUUUGCUGUAUUUUCCCUAUUGCGGAUUUAUACUUUGGGAAUCCUGCGGAGCCGGUAAUCAAAAUCGGGUCCAGGCACAUCCUCGUUUAGCCUCAUUGGCAUCUGUCCUUCUUGCCUGUUCUCCACCCAUUAAUGGUCUACUCUAUGGUCUCAAAUCACAGACUCUGAGACGAUUCGUGAAAAAUUAUUGGCGUAAAAAAGCUACCAAGUCAGAGUUGCAACAGGAGAUACAAGCAAGAACACCAAGCGUUGCGGGUUCGAGAAGACCAUCGGGAAGUGGAACCAAUUCGUUUUUUCCAUUCCCACCUUUGCAACGACGACUGAGCGAGGCACUUUUAGCAAUUGGUAAUUGUAGAACAGUAAAUAGCAUCGAACAAGGAAAUAUUCAUUUUCAUCGUACGAGAUUACAACCAGCAGCAUCGUGUAACACGCUUAGAGUACCGUCAAUGGAAUCAGGUGAAAGUGGAAAAUUGGUGAGAUCCAGCGCUAGUGCGGCUAGUUUAAUGGGUCCCCAUUAUCGUAACGAUUUUACGGGAAACGAAAUUGGAACUAACCGUUCCAUGUCUACGAACGAAACACCCAGACGAAGUCCAAGAAUUCUAAUAACCCGUGCAUGCAGUGAGGAAAGCCAAAAUGGUGGGAGCCCACUUCGGAAAUCAUACUUUCCUAACUCGGCCCAUCCACCCUGUGAAAAACGUAGAUGGAGAUACUGUAGUACCGGAAGCGAUAGUAGUACCGGAAGUAGCGAAACUAAUGUUUGGACCACUGGGGUCGCACAAAAAAUGGGAAAGAAUAAUGUGAAAAACAUGGCGGACAAUUGGCCAACUAGUCGACGAUUAAUACGCGUUAAAACGUUGGAAGAGGAUUCCCUUUCAAUUGGUAUAAGGCCUAACAAUAACAGCGAAAGUAGCGACACGACUGAUACAACGGCAACUACAACAACUACAACUUUACCGAUCAAGACGCGAACUCUUGAGGAGGAUAACGAAGAAAUCGAUACGAGAAAUAGAAAAGUAUCGAGAAAAAAGGUUGAUCGGAGGGAUCAAAGCGAAAGUGAAAACAGCUGGAGUAGCGUGGAAGAAAUCGAAAUGAAAGAAGUAACGGAGAAAAAAGAAAAGGAAAAGGAAAAGGGAAUGGUACUGGAAAAUGAACUGGGAGUGGGAAUGGUUGAGGAGGAAGGAGAAGAUGGAGACGAGAUGGAAAGGCAAAUAUCGAAAAUAUCUCGAAAAAAGAGAAAAAUAAUGCGUCAUUCCGAGGAUUCUGAAGAUCGAGAUGAUGCAGCACAACUUAGGCCACUUUUGACUCCAACUUCUUAAAUUUUUGUAAUCCAACAUUGCAUCCUAAUUGCAAGGAUGAAAUUGAGAUCGAAUUUUGUUUCCUCUCUCUGAUCAAAUUUUUCAUUAAUUUGAAACAUAAUAUCGAAUACCGGAUACCAGUAAACGAUUAAUUAACAAAGAUCAACUGAAAUCAAUGUGUAUAUCUAAUAUUAGGUUAAUAAUACGUUUAAACGUUUAUUCACAACCCACGUACAUGAUUGGUCAACGCGUUAAACAACAGUUUAUUUUGACUCGUUUACUCUACCCAUACAUAACCUAGAAAAUAUUCGAUCGAUUAAUUAUAUACUUGUGCAUGUACGUAAUCGGUUUAAAAAAAAAAAAAAAAGAAAUACUCGGUUUAUAUUUAAAUUAGAAAAUAAUGAAUUAGAGGUUAAGUUGUUUAUUCGAAAGUUCAUUAUAUUUCUUCUUCUACUUCCUCUUCUUUUAUUUAAUGAAACAUUCCUAACUAGAUAAUAAAUAUAAUCUUUUUUUUUUUUUGUAAAAUAUAAUUAAAAGAAGAUGAUAAUGACGAUGAAUAAUAGUAUUGGAAUUAUUCAAAUUUAUCGUGUGAAGAAAAAGGGGGAAAGAUUUGAUUAUAUUCGAAUAAUAAAAUUUCAUGAAAAAACUACCUCCGACCUAUUACGUCAUAACAUUUUAAUGAAUAAAAGGAAACGGUUAAAUAUUUUUUUUUUUUUUCAAAUAUUCUUUAAUGCGACAAACAUAUUAUUUUGUUGUUUGUUCUUUUUUUUUGGCAACACCAAGGCAAGACGACGGUUAUCCCGAUGGCCUCGAUUAUUUUCUUUUUACGAUCGAAAAAUAACAAAUCGAUACUAUCGAAUGAAACUAAAAUGAAACGAAAAUGGUCAAAAUGAAAAAAAAAAAAAAAAAGGAGAACCACCCUCUCCAUUGUAGGUGUUCGAAAGAUACCAACACAACCACAUAUAGUUCCUACAAUUUUGCGAAUUAAUUCGUUUCAAGAUGGACGAAAAAAUAAUAAUAAUAAUAAUAAUAA